CAUAGACAGGCGACGAGUGUGCAAACAAGGGAGUUUUUCUUAUAAAACUACAUUAAGUACACAGUUGUACUCUUGCAGUGUAUUAAUAACAUGACAAGAGGCACGCCAUAUUGUACGCUAACAGGAAAAUGUGUUCAAAGGGAGUCAAAAAUUUGGUGUAAAUUAACUGAAUAGAAUGCUAGAGCAUAUGCUAACUAUAGUUUCUAUUUAUAAGUUUACAUUGAACAAUUGUUUCAUGUUUCAAUGCUUACAUUUCUGUUAAAUGUCAUCUGUAAUUUAUUGUGCAAAAUACAAAAUUGGAUUUUGUUCCUUUUGGAUCCUGUAAGAAAUUAACCUUCAAACAAUUAAGCUCCUAAAUUGUAGCUGUUUACAUUGAUUGUUUUGAUAAAGGUAAUGCCUUUACAACUGGCAGCCUGUUUGUAUGGGAUGAUAUCACGACUGGAUAUUGUGGCCAGUGAGUGUGCAUUCAGCGAAUUGUCCUUUUAGAGGAAGAAGUUAUAGGUAUCUGGGCUGGAGGGAGGGGUCAAACGCUACAAGGUGGCUUUUGUCUGUAGGGAAGGUAACCUGAGGUAGCACAGGGAAGUAGUGCAGCACAGUUACUGCAGGCUGUAGAGUGCUUUGAAUGUGGAGAAGAAGGGGUAAGGGAGGGGUUCGAAUGAGAGGGAACCUGUCGUGAUGACUGGGAGUGCAGUGAGUCAACGAGCCUGGAGCUGCAGGAUGGAAGCAGAGGAGAUGUCGGAUUCCAGAUCUUUUAUGGAUGUUGAGUUGGACUCUGGGUUUUGCACGGAAGCGGACUCAGAGAUGAGUCCUGCGGGAUUUGAGCUUCAGGACAGUGAAGAGCUGGACGGGUUUGGAUAUGAAAAAGGGGAUAAUUCAAGAGGAGAUAGAUGGAGAAGAGAUGAAGAAGACAAGAAUGGACAGCUGGAUGUUUGUUUGCGGCCUAUUCAAGAGAGCUGCGGUCACGUACGCAUCUCCCUGGAGGAGGUUGAAAAAUACUACAGAUUUUCCCGCUACUGUCGCUGGUUGAGUUAUGAGAUCAUGCAACUGGAGAGCAGUCCUCUGCGCGCUGCUGAUAUCACGCCUGAACUCAGGAAGCAGUUUGCCUUUCUUACAGGAGGCAGAGGAGACAAUGGAAGCCCCGUUAUUGUGUUCCCGGAGUUCCCAGCCUUUGGCGAGAUCACCGACAGAGAGUUUCACAACGUGCUCACUUACCUGACAAGUGUGCCCAGUUUGCCAUCAACAGACGUGGGCUUCAUCCUCGUCAUUGAUCGCCGGCAGGACCGAUGGGCAGCCGUGAAAGGGACCCUGCUUCGGAUCGCGGGCGCGUUCCCUGGAAACCUCCAGCUGGUUCUGGUCCUAAGGCCCACCACCCUCUUCCAGCGCACACUCUCUGACAUCCUGUUCAAGUUCAACAAAGAUGAGUUCAAGAUGAAGGUGCCGGUGGUCAUGCUGAGCUCAGUAAGUGAGCUUCACUCAUACAUUGACCACACGCAGCUGACCCAAGAACUCGGGGGAACACAGGUAUACUGUCAUGAGAAGUGGAUCUCACAACGCACGGCCAUCGAAGGCUUUGCAUUGAUGGUGAAGAAGACGGCCCAGGCCCUGCAGUCAUUUGGAGCUGAGCUGGCUGAAACAGAACUCCCCAAUGAGACCCAGGCCACCACUGUCCUGCUCAGUGCUCAUGGCAGCAAGAGAGACAAGAUGAAGGAUGAUCUGCUGGUGGCUCUGAGGCAAGGCAGCAAACUGCUGGAGACCAUCAAUGCCCCUGUUAUGCAGAACCCAGACCACAACAUGAACCAGGACGAACUGGAGAACCUGGCAACAGUGCAGAGACUUCUGUCUCAGGUGGAUGAGACUGAACGAGCUUUUGACGAGUUCUGGGGGAAGCAUCGGUUCAAACUAGAGCAAUGUCUCCAGCUGCGUCACUUUGAGGACAACUACAAGGACGUCAGCAUGCUGCUGGAUCAGGCAUCGGAGAAAGUGUGUACCUUUUCUGAAGUGGGCAUCAGCCCUGCUCAUGCCGACCAUAUCUUCAGCGAGAUCACCACCUACGAGGAGACAGUCUGCGAGGUCCUGGAGAGAGCUUUGUCUUUGGCACGUGAAGGUGAUGACCUCAUUGAGAAGGAUCACUAUGCUCAGGAUUCUAUUCUGCCCAAAAGUAGCGAGCUCCGAACGGUGUGCCAGGACCUGAGUGCCAAAUUAAAGGCCAAGAAGGAGCAGCUCCUCAAAGCCCAAGAUCUUCAUCGCUGUUUGGAAAGGGCUUCAAAGUGGUGUGAUGAUGGGAUUUACCUGCUGGCGUCUCAGCCUGUGGAUAAGUGUCAAUCACAUGAGGGGGCGGAGUCAGCCCUGCAGGAGCUGGAGGGUUUCUUGGCUGACACAGGCGAAGAGCGACUGUCGGAUCCGAGUAUCAUCUGGACAGAUUAUGAGGCGGUGCUCAACCAGCAGCUCAAGGACCAAGUGGAGAAGGUCUUCCAGAAGCAGGCGUCCAUGCAGGAGAUGUUUGACAAGAGGAGGGUCAGCUUGAAGAAACUGGCAGCCAAACAGACUCGGCCAGUACAGCCUGUUGCCCCCAGACCUGAAGCUUUCAUCAAAUCUCCUCUUAGCUCACCUGCGCACCGAGGUAAACUGGAAAGAAGCGCCUCAGAAGGAAACAAUGGGAUCUCUGAAAAAGGAGACGAGCAGCUGCAAAAUGGACACGGAAACUGCAGACACGGCUCUCUAUCGGAGGAGGACGAGAACCUGGCUGUGCUGAGGAGGCAUGUCAUGAAUGAGCUGCUGGAAACGGAGAGGGCUUACGUUGAGGAGCUGCUGUGUGUGUUACAGGGUUACGCCUCUGAGAUGGAUAACCCAGCCAUGGCGCACCUCAUUCCUGCUUCUUUGCAGAACAAAAAGGAGGUUCUGUUUGGCAAUAUGCCUGAAAUUUACCACUUCCACAAGAGGACGUUUUUGAGGGAGCUGGAGCUGUAUGCCGACUGUCCAGAAUUAGUUGGCAGAUGUUUCUUGGAAAGGAUGACAGACCUUCAGAUCUACGAGAAGUACUGCCACAACAAGCCUCGCUCCGAAAGCCUCUGGAGACAGUGUUCUGAUGCUGCCUUCUUCCAGGAGUGUCAGAAAAAGCUGGAACAUAAACUGGGUUUGGAUUCAUAUCUGCUGAAACCUGUACAAAGAAUCACCAAAUACCAACUGCUUCUGAAGGAAAUGCUUAAGUACAGUAAAGGCUGUGAAGGUGCCGACGACCUGCAAGAAGCUCUGACGUCUAUCUUGGGUAUCCUCAAGGCUGUGAAUGACUCCAUGCACCUCAUCGCCAUUACAGGAUACGAGGGGAACCUGAGUGAUCUGGGCAAGCUGCUGAUGCAGGGCUCAUUCAGCGUGUGGACUGAACAUAAGAAAGGUCACGUGAAGGUAAAGGAUCUGGCCCGUUUCAAGCCCAUGCAGAGGCACCUCUUUCUGCACGAGAAAGCGCUGCUCUUCUGCAAGAAAAGGGAGGAGAGCGGGGAGGGCUAUGAGAAAGCUCCAUCCUACAGCUUCAAGCAGUCACUCAGCAUGAACGCUGUGGGCAUCACCGAGAACGCUAAGGGAGGAGAUAAGAAGUUUGAAAUUUGGAGCAACUCCAGAGAAGAGGUCUAUAUUGUGCAGGCACUGACGACUGAAGUGAAAACCACCUGGGUGAACGAGAUUAGGAAGGUUUUGACCACACAGCUGGAGGCUUGCAGAGAGGCCAGCCAGCAGAGGGCGCCAGAUCAGGUUAUCCAAUGUCCCCCUGUGGCAAGCGGUCCAGAGAACGUCAGCAGCAGCCCAUUUAAGAUGCGCCAGAGGAGUCUUAAAAAAGGAGAUGACAGGAAAGGAGACCACUACGUCCUUGAUGGCAGUUCUUCUCCUUUACCAAAGUCAGCAGGAAAAGAUGAAAGAGCCACAAGCCCUACCUCAGACAGAGCUGCCAUGGCUAAAAAGCGCUUUACUUUACAGGGCUUCAGUAACCUCAAAGCCCAGAAAGGAUCUCCCACUAGCCCCGAUCACAAGACGAAGCGCCAGAGCGACCCGACACCAUUUGGCUUCAAAGGCUGGAACAAGACUUCUCUAUCGCUGGAUGCCUCAGAGGAGCACGAAGGAUACUCCAGUGGCGAAGAUCCUCUUAACUCUGACCCAGAGGAAGACAACGCCAAGAAGCUGUGUGCUGGUAAAUACACAGCAACGGGUGACUAUGAGAAAGCUUCCACUCAAGACGUGGCGGUGAAAAGUGGAGAUGUGGUGCAGCUGGUGAAGGAAGGGGAAGACGGACAAUGGUUAGUGCGGAACCUGAACACCUCUACGGAGGGCUGGAUGGCGUCAGCUAAUCUGGUGACACUCAUCGCUAAAUCCAAGUCCUGUCAGUCUCUCACCAGCUCAGAAGGCAGUGGAUCAGGACACCUCAGCACAUCAUCCAGUUGCAGUGAGACCUGCGCGCCUUUCUCCGACAUCAAAUCCUCAGCGUAGCUCCUUUCCUCUUUCCGCCCUCAUGAAUGUUUUGUGGCUGUCAGUGAUGUAUUUGUCUACAUAUGACCAGCGUAUUUCACCCACCUAAAGCCUCAUGCCCCCUCCCCAAAUGCGAGUAAGGAGGAUACAUCCCAUACAGGAAGGCAUAUGUUUAUUUUGAUGGUAUAUGAUGAAGUUAUUAGUGUAACGGGCCAGCAGGACUGAUCUCAGUUAUUACAGCAUUAGUGUAUGUGGACCAUAUGCAUUAAAUCACCCAUGAUGAGAGCACAUUUUAAAAUCUUUGAUAAUAGUUGUGAGACAUUUUAUUUAUUUGUAAAGAAACACUAACUUUUGUCACUUUUACUUCUAUCAUCCUAUUUUUUUACUCUGUCCUUUCAGGAAAGUCAUGACUGUAGAUGAUGACAUUUUGCCAUCCGCUUUCCAGACUUCAGACUUGUGUUUGUUUGUCUGUCAGGUUGGCCAUAAGCUCCUUAGCUGUGUUAUUUGUACACGGCAACAACAAAAAAAAAAGAAAAUAUUGUUUAUAAUCAGAGGUGACUGUAUAGCAUUAUAACUUAUUCCCUUCAUGCUCUGAAUGUAGAUAUUGUUCAUUAAUGCCUGUCAUGAGAUGUUUAUUAUUGGAGCUGCUAUAUUGUACAUUAUGUAUGGUGAUGUCACUGCCCUGUGACUUUUUUUAUAUAUAUUAAAAAACAACUUGAUGAUAAUGUCA